UUUUGGGGCGGAGGCACUGAGGAAACAGCUGAGAGAAGUGGGAUCCACGAAGAGAAAGGAGAGAUAGAUAGAGAGAGAGACGGAGGAAGAGAGAUAGAGGGGGGCCACGGGGGAGAGGGACGGAAGGGGGUUGUCGCUGUAACCCUGUAGUUGCUGGCCCGAUUGCUGCUAGACUUUUCCAGCUGUGUGUAAGGCUCACCAAAUGAUCGUCACAGAAAAUCAGAUGAAAUAGUGUCUCCUGGGAUUCAUUUAUAGACUUCACUCUUGGCUCGUGUGAGGAAUGGCAUUGGUCACUGAGAAUUUAUUGAGAAGAGCCCAUAUGUUGGAAUCUGGAACACGACAGCUCUAAAAAGAGAAGCUAGAACUUGGGAUCAGUGUUCAGGACGUGGAAGGAAAGUUUGCCCACCGGGUUCUUUCAUUGGAAUGCCUUCAGUAUUAUGAGGAUCGUGAGCACCUCCCAACACCCAUGUACUGCAGGUUUCAUCCAGACUCUCCUGAUUCUGAGGGGGUGUGUGUGGAUAUUGCUCAGCCCACGCAGCUCUGCAGUACCUGAGUGAUGCUCUUCCACAGCAUUGCCGGUCUCGUGUGUUGCUGAUUCACAUCUCACCACUCCGCCCCUGCCCGGGAUGCUGUUCGUGGCUUCAAGGGGACUCAGUGGUGGCUGUGGAGAUGGAUGCACCAUGCUCGUUCCAGGCUCUAGGGGGCAGGAGAGAGGCAGAGCGAGUCAAGGAGGGGAGCGGAGGAGACGAGUGAUGAAGUGCUGCUGCGCUCCCAACAGCAAAAGGUUUCAGCUGUGUUGAUGAAAGGAGUGACUCAAGCUACCACUUGGGCAGGAAAAGAAAAAAAAGUUUUUUUUUCUCUACUUUCUUUUGCACUUUAAAUAUUUAUAUGUUAUUUCAAUUGACUUUAUGUGGUGCACAAAACUGAAGAAACAAUGAGACACAUCCAUGUGGAAAUUGCACAGAAAGAACCAUCUGCGGACCAGCCUCCUCAAGAGGGGGAUCUUCCCCAGCCGAACAUCCAAACAGGGGGCCUGGACUCCAGCCCGGGCCAGGGCCUCAUCCGGCCCUUCAGCGAGAACGAGAUAAAGCUGCAGAAGGCCUACCAGCUGUCCAUCUUCUCACAGCUGUCCGGCUUCACCGAGAGUGUGGGGCAGAGGGCUGGCAAACACAUCACGAAGAGGGGACCGUCUGAGAGCCCUACCCAUUCGGACAACAAGCGGGUCCACUUGGCCCAGUCCGACGAGGAGCUAGAGGAUGAGAUGGGGCCCUCGGACCAGCUGGUGGACGAGAAGCCCCUGUUGUGUGGCUCCGGCCAGCACUUCUCUCACGCAGGGAUGCGUGUGAUUGAGCACAAGGACUACAUCUCUCCUGCCAAAGACCUUGCCUGGAGCGCAGGGAUGGGGAGGACUGUAACUGUCCAAGAAACCGGCAUUCUACCGAUGGUGCAAUCCAGACAGAUCAAGUCAAUGGCAGAACCCAACGACGCCAGGACUGCUGGCAUGUGGGAACUUGCCAAUGGAGAAAUGUCUUGUGGCCAAACCUCUGGCAACACCGAGCACGAGGACUUCAGAAAACGCUGUGAGUCAAGCGAUGACGUUCCGGCUCCUUAUCGAGAGACUGAGGACAGGAGGUCAAGGACUUUAGAUCUGGAGCUGAGGUCUCCAGAGACGGCUCGACCGCAGGCUUCCUCCAGUAACGGGCUGGCCUCCUCGGAGAAGACCCCAUGCGUGGCCAAGCAGUCUGGCCUCAGCCCGGCCCCUGGUGGCAGUGGCUGUGCCGUCAAGAGGAAGCUCCUGGUGUCCAGUGACAUGGCAGAAUCCUGCUCCGAGGACGAGGGCCCUUCCACCUCCAAGAAGAGUCGCACCCCGCUGUCCCACGCCAUCACCGUGUCCUGCCGCAGCACCGACGCCAAAGCAGCUCCCUUCUGGAACCACCUGCUCCCGUUGGCCCGGGACAGGCCCAAGUGUUCUGCAGAUUGCAGCAGUGUGGGCAGACGACUGAAAGGUGGACUUCGGCUGAAAUCGAGGCAGCUCCGCAGCUCCCGUCGGGGGGAGUCGAGCCAGGCUCCCCGCUCCAGCUGGCCCUCCGCCUCCAUCAGCCGCUCCCUGCUGGGGAACUUUGAGGAGUCGAUGCUGAAGGGCCGCUUUGCCCCAUCGGGCCGGAUCGAGGGAUUCACUGCAGAGAUUGGUGCCAGCGGCUCCUAUUGCCCACAGCACGCCACCCUGCCUGUGGAGGUCACCUACUACGACAUCUCUGAGCACAGCGCUCCCUCCCCCUUCCUGGGCGUGAUCCACCUGGAGCCUUUGGGAAAGAAGGGAUACAGCGUUCCCAAAGCAGGAACCAUCCAAGUGACCUUAUUCAACCCCAAUAAAACUGUGGUGAAGAUGUUCCUGGUGACGUACAGCUUCGGGGACAUGCCAGUGAACCACGUGACCUUCCUGCGGCACCGCAUCUUUCUGGUGCCCGUGGAGGAGGGGGAGGAGCAGGGGGGCACCCCCACCCGGAGGAGGAUACUCUGCUACCUGAUUCACCUCAGAUUCCAGAGCUCAAAGUCUGGGAAGAUCUAUUUGCACAACGAUAUCCGGCUGCUGUUCUCCCGAAAAUCUAUCGAGGUGGACACGGGGAUCCCCUACGAGUUGAAAUCUUUCACAGAAAUGCCAAGAAACCCCAAGUACUCUCCUAGGGUAUGAACACAGGAUAGUUUCACUGCCUUCUGGAAGGACAAUACAGAGAGAGGAACAAUUCAAGCGAAAAAUGAAAAAAACUUAAUGCAAACAAAACUGUAAGGAACUUGAAACUCAAAACUGUUUCUGAAUCCAGUGUUAACAUGCAUGCCUUGUAACAAGCCUCUGUGUUCUCUUGUAGUGCGGUUUACAUUUUAUAGCACUGAUCUUCAACCUUUCUGAACCCAGGGACCAUACACCCAUACUGUGGAUCAACAAGAGAGCUGAAGCCAGCAAACCGUGCUUUAAAAAACAAACAAACACUCACUGUUCAUAAUAGUUCAGAAAGCUCCCUCUUGGAAUGCCCUUGUUAAAUAGGACCUGGCAUCUUUGGGGACCACACAUCUUGGCAUACACUCCGUCACAUGUUGUGCAUAGUUCACAGAAGGGAGGAGUUCGCUUUUCUCACUGGAAAACAUGCACCAGUGGUUGAGGAAAUGAUCAUCUGCUCAGCUAAUCUCUCAAUUCCCAACUGGAUGAACGUCCAGUGACUUUCUAUAUACCACACCAGCGGUUUGGAUGUUUUAGACUCAAGGAGUUGUGACACCCACUUCAUCACUUGAUUUGAGUUGUUUUCCUUACAGUCCUGCCAAAAGAAGCUAUUAUUUUGUUGCGUAAGCUAUCUGAAGGGGAUUUCUGUUAUUAUGCAGAGUAGUAUGAUGUCCAGUAUUUUGGAUGCGAUACAAGAGUUAAACACCUUGCUGCUGUUAAAGAAAGCUACAGCCACUGUUCAUGCUCGGGGCCUCCACCUCAAGGGGAAUGAAUGUUCAAUGACGUAUGAGCAGUGAGUGAACAUAAAAACAGAUGACUGUUUGGGUAUGGUCCUGGAAAAGUGCCACCCGUGUAGGCCACAUGAAAAUCAAUUUGAAACUAAAAAUACCUUUAAAAAAGCUGCUAUAACAGAGACCCGCUGGGGCAAAAUUCACCCAUCAGGCAUUAAUCCCCUGACUCCCUUAGCUUUGGGAGUGGGGUAGCACUGCAGGUGCUCCAGUCUCACCCUUAUAUAUACAACUAGGCAAUGGGGAUAGCGGACGUACGUGAUUGGGAUGUAGUUUUAAAAAAAUACUCCUGAAAUCAGAGUUGCUACAGAAGCGUUCUCGAUCCUGGAAACUCCUGUGCUGUCACUGUGCACAUCCCUGGUGUUGGUGGUUCAUCCAGUCUGGGGGCCACCAGUCUGUCCAUUGGGGAGGUUGGUUGGAGAAUACUAUGUUAGAGCAUUCUGAAAACAAAAAAAGAGUUGUAUUUAAUUUAUUUGCAGAUGUCUUACAGCAAUAUUGUGUGCAUAUUGAAGGUGUGAUUUUAAAACCUGACAGUUGUUCAUGUCUGCCAGGUAUGUACAGUACACGAAGGCUGCUCUGUGCCGAGCCACAUUUUCUUGAGAGAUUUUUGGUUUUGGGGGGUGGGGAGGGGUGGAGAACUGGACUUGCCAGUAACACAGAUCACACAAUAAUUAAAAAUGUUGCAGAUGUGAUGUUAUCAAAAAAUGUUUUUAGGUUACUUACAAUUUAUAAGACAUCACAACUUCUGAUGCCUACUAAACACAGCCCUCAAUAGCCCAAGCAUAGUAAAACUGUGGAUUCUAAAGAAAAUGCAGGGGGGUUGACAAAAAAAAAAAAGAAAAAACCCAUGAUGAAAAGGGUGUCUACCAUGGGUAGCCAGGACAACACUCAUGCACUCAAAAGCUAGUGAUGCAAUCUUAGGGGCGUACAGUAAGUUGGCUUUGUUGCAUGAUUGCAAGUUUGUUUUACACAAACCCAAACUGUAAGAAAAGGUAGCCAACGGUUCAGAACCAAGCCCAGUCAUAUACAUUGUGCAAUGCAAAUUUUCCAUCUUGUUUAAAAAGACAAACUCUGAUUGUAAUCACGUAUCAGCUUGUGAAACUCAAGUGCAGCUUAUCAGGGCCUUUACAAGCGCAAUAAACCCAUAAAGACUGUUUGUGACAGCGCUUUGGCAUUCUGGUGUUUAUACUGGUCAGGUAUAAUGCAGGCACACUUCCCCACAGAGCUCCCCAAUGCAUCUCAAUCUGGACUUGUCUGACUGACUGCUAAGAGAUGUUUUCCUGAUGUGGGACUUUAGUCCGUUUUAAGGCUGCAGGUUGCACAAAGCUAAUUUAACUUGCAGUUAGGUUUCCAGAGGUGAGAAGCUUUAGCAUUAGCUUCCCCGGUCAUAUUUUGGAGGGUGGGUAUCUGCUUUAAUUGUUGUACCUACCAAAGCUGGUGAAGCAUUAAAAUGAUGGCAGGGAUAAUGUAAAAAAAAAAAAAAAAAAAAAAGUUGCUUUCAGGUUUAUUCGGCCAAGAGUAUUUUAGUAGUGAGAAACUAGAUUUUUUUUUUAAUCUUGUUAUUUAAAUAUAAUUUUACAGUUUAAGUCUAUAUUUAAGAUAAAAGUAGAUUGUACUUUGGUUUUAAAAUUGGAUUUUGAUAAGGCUGGAAACUAACCAGAGGAUAUUUUAUUAUUUAUUUUUAGCAAUAUGGUUUAUUUGUAGUAAGAGCAUGUGUUGGUUUGAGGAAAGGUCUCGUAGCAGUUCAUCAGAGGUGCACACCACAUCUUUUAAUGUGCUUAGUUGUACACUACAUUUAGUAUUCAAUUUAAGUAAAGGUUUUGCAGUUGCUGAUUGACACAAUGAGUAAAAAGGUUGUACCAUUUCUUACACGUCAGUUAGGAGCUGUUCCAAGAUGCUCUGCAGUACAGUAGAGUUCACUGGGGUACAAAGGAUCCCUGACUUUGAACAACAGAAGUAGUUAACGAAGUGAAAAAUAACAAUUUCUUCUUUGGAAGGUCACUGAAAGAGUGGACAAUUACAGUAACAUUUCUGAGAAUAGGCAGUGUUUAAAAAAAGACAUUGCAAGAUAAUAACAGAUUCAUAUUGCAUUAGCUGGAUAAACAAGUUAAAUUUAAGUUUUGCUAAAAUGAUUUUACUUGUUUCUUUUAUUAUUAUAUUCUACAGGUGGAUGGGUAUUAUUAUAUUCUACAGUUAUGGAUCAAAAUAAAGGGACAGUGUGACAGUCUAUUUGGGGUCCAUCCAUGGAGUUUCAGGGAUCUUAUAAAACAACCAUGUGACUCAAUAACAAAACCAGUUUGGCGACAAAGUGGGUGUGAAAAUCAUUGCGUGAGAAGAAAGGAACAAAGCUAUGGAAGAUGGUAGAGCAGAGAAGUUUAAAAUUAGGUCAGUUCAUCGGGUUUGGCAUAGGGGAAAAAACUGCCUCCAUUGCUCUGAUGGAAAUCAGGAAAUUCAGUGAAGCAGCAUAGAAAGUGGCAUCCAUAUAGUUUGUGAAUGUGGAAGGUGUUGCAUUUAGCCAGGUGUCGUAAUGGUGUCGUAAAGCAACAAUGACGGUGGUAUGGUUAAAAAAAAAAAAAAAAAAAAAAAAAAAAAAACAAUCGAGCAGAAAGUUUCUUUGGCAAGCCUUAUAAGUAGAAACCCAAUGGAAUGUGAAGUCUUUCACCUCUGGGUAGUGGAAUAAUUUUCCUUCACAGGCCAUCGAAAGUCAGUUCCAGUGGCUUUUGUUCACUCAGAGCUGACACCUGCACUUGCAGACUCACAAAAAGAGGUGUAGGACUAGGCGAGCAUGUUGUCACAAGGGGGGCACACUGUGGGGAGGCGUGCGCUGUGACUUACUGUAAAGCACAACUAAUACUUUCAAGCCUGGUUAGUAGUAACUAAAUUCGAAAAUUAUCAUUGUAGAUUUAUAAACACCUGGGUUUGUCUGUGGGCCCUGAAGUCUCCCAGCAAUAAGGGUUAGAUUCUGUCGACAGUGUGUGGUAUGUGUUACUGUGCCAUGGGUUCCUUGAGUUCACACCUAUGCCAAGACGUGUUAGCUGUAGCUGGUCUCUCUGUAAAUAAAAAAUAAAUAAAAAAAAAUGUUGUCAAUGUGUAGUUUUAUGUUUGUGAAGAACACGAAAGAGGAAAGCAAAUAUUUUCAUACAGUUUCUUGACGUGUCUUGAGCCUGACGAGGGCUGUAUGAGGUAAGCUGAUGUCGCUUAAUACCUGACUGGGAAUUUCUUCUGAUACUUGGUGAAUAGUGCUCUAUGCAAGUCUUUCACUUGUAACCUUCACAACCUCACGGUCCUCAUGAUUACAGCUUAAGAAAAGGACAGCACAGUCUUAAAGGUUUUUGGGGAAAAGUCACACUUUUAACAAAGCACUAGAUAAUUGCCACACUUCCAUCCAUGUUAUGAAAAGGAUUUGAAAUCAGCCCCAUUUAUUUCCAUUAUGGCAAUAUAUAUUAUAUAGAGGUAACGCACAUUUUCUUCACAAAAAAUAAACAUUUGAAAAAAUAUAAAUACAUUUACACAGAUUUAGUAAAAUAAAGUCACAAAAGGUGGAGCAGGUAUUAAUGUAUCAUUUAUUAAUGUUAACCUGAGACUCCUGGAGAGGUCAGUGUGGCACUUAUCUCCAUUGUAAACAGAAAAGAAACUGAAUCUUUUCAGUAACCGCCAGUUUGUUGCAGAGGUCUCUCUGUGAAUCCCGAUGUUUAAACACUUGUUUCAUGUAAGAUAAUGCAAGAGGAACUAACAGGUUGCUGGAUGUUUACGUCAUAUCCCUGCAAACCCUCUGCGCUCAGCUCCGAGUCUCCUGCUGCAAAAAUAUCUGAGAAAGGAAAAGCACAGCCG